UGUAUCCAGUAAAGAACGUGCUGGCUCUCUCUUCUCUCACUUCUCUGCCUGCCUCUUGGUUCACUCGGUUUGUCUUUCCUCUUUUCUUUAAUUUUUCUUUUAUUCUAACCUUCACCCAGCCCACAUUUCCAUAUCAAACCUGGGAUCAUACCUGCAGCAGUUAUAAAAAGGCCAUCAAAGAGCAGCAGUCUUAAGGGCGAUACUCCAGCCAACGAGGGGACGGCGUUGUUUUUCCUUUCUUUUUCACGGACGGAACACAACACACACACACACACACACACACACACACACACACACACACACACGGCACAAGAACACCCCUCCACCUCCUCUUCCCCAGCCGGGAGAUCUUUCUUUCUCCUUUCCUGAAGUUUACCCUCUCUGCCCUCCCCACCCGCCGCUUUUCUUCUCCUGCCAGCUUGCCCCGGCCAUCCGUCACCAUUUCCACCACGGGGAGGCAACGCGCCCAGCCCCUUCAGCGGCUGAGCAUUGGCCGGAAAACUUUGGUCGCCGGGGCCAUCGGCGUGGUGAUGAUCUUGAUCCUGGUGAUCCUCAUUCCGGUGCUGGUGAGUUCCGUGGGCAUCGACGGACACUACGAGAUGCUGGGCACCUGCCGCAUGGUCUGCGACCCCUACCUGGGCAAGACCAGCACCACGACCAGCGCCAGCAGCAUCAAGAGCGAGGGCGCCGAAAGCCUCAGUAGCACCAGUAGCGACCACAGCGGACUGCCCCCGCCAUCCACCCUCGUCCAGGGGCCCCAGGGCAAGCCGGGGCGACCGGGCAAGCCGGGCCCGCCGGGGCCCCCGGGAGAACCGGGUCCCCCGGGUCCCCGGGGUCCCCCAGGAGAGAGGGGAGAUCCUGGGAAAACCGGUCCGCCUGGCUUGCCCGGGCCGGGGCUGAGCUCUGGGGCCAUCAGUGCGGCCACCUACACCAUGGUGCCCCGCGUGGCCUUCUACGCCGGCCUCAAGAACCCGCACGAGGGCUACGAGAUACUCAAGUUCGACGACGUCGUAACCAACUUGGGAAACAACUAUGACGCCGCCACGGGCAAGUUCACCUGCAACAUCCCGGGCACCUAUUUCUUCACCUACCACGUCCUGAUGCGCGGCGGCGACGGGACCAGCAUGUGGGCAGAUCUAUGCAAGAACGGGCAGGUGCGGGCCAGUGCCAUUGCACAGGAUGCUGAUCAAAACUACGACUAUGCUAGCAACAGUGUUAUCCUACACCUGGAUGCUGGGGAUGAAGUUUUCAUCAAGCUUGAUGGAGGCAAAGCCCAUGGAGGCAACAACAACAAAUACAGUACCUUUUCAGGUUUCAUAAUCUACUCAGACUGAGGCUGGAAAGAAGCCUACUGACUCCCAGCCCCCUGGAUUUCUCCAUGUGGCAAACUUGGCUGCUGAAUCCAUUAAUACUAAUGUCUUUGCAUACAGCCAAUCUCUCUCCAUGGGUUAUAUGAAAGCAGAGUUGGGUCAUUUUGUUUUUUUCCUCUAGUGGGCACUGGAAUGGCCAACUGAUGAUUCAAUCACCAUCCCCAUUUAUUUUACCUUCCAUUGUAUCAUGAACCACUAAGCCUUUCAACAGUAUUAAUACGGAGGAUGAAGAGAAAGAGAGCCAAGGAGCCGGGGUGAGGCUUGAGAUGUAGUCUGGAGAAUUGAUCAUCCCAUUGCCCUUGAACGCAUUUUCAUUUCCACCCUAUAUGACUUAUUGAGACAUGCUGCAUGCUAUUGUAUUGGGAGUAGAUUCUAUAUGUAAGAAAGAGGUUAUGGAGACUUAACUUAAUCAGUGAAGGGACUAUGUGUAUUGCCAUCUGAUCCUCCCAAGAUAUAUUUAUAUGUAUCUUUUUAACCAUGUCCAGGGCUUCCUUAAGGCUAAACAUCUUAUCUGAAUUUAAAGCAACUACCAUUUCCGGCUAGCAUAAACCAGAAUGUGAAACCAACUAGAAAUAGUGAUUGUUCUGAACUUGGAUGAGUCACUAAAUUAAUCUACUCAAUUUACUUAAAGAAUCUUCUGGCACGGGAGUAAAAUAGUGGCAUACAUGGUCCUGGAAAUCUUUUAGAGUUGUUUAGAAUAUUGUGUGAAUGCCCUCAUAUCUUUACUAGAAGAGGGGAUUACUGAGAUUUAAAAAUACUGUGCAUUGUUUUCUUUUUAAAGGUAAAGUAUUACUUUGCCAAGUUUCAAAUGCAUAGAAAAAUAUUAACCUUGGAUUUCUGUCCCUCCAUGAGGGUAGUCCCAGGUGGUUCUGCUUGCUGUUGGUCAGGUAAUUAUUGGUCAUGUACAACUGAGUGAGUGGAAAGUCAUAAUCUUGUCUUUCCCAACCCAAUCCCUAAUACUGGUGGUGAAAUUAUGCAAGUUUUCUAAUACAAAUGGAGAACCCAGGAUUGGUGAAAGUUAAUUCUGCUCUACCCAUCCACUCCCAAAAAACCAGAUGCAACCAGGUUAAGUCAAUAAUUCUAUUAAGUAUCCAGGAUCUCAUGCACAUGCAUUUCUGUAUGUGUGUACAUGCAGGUUUACACAUACAGUAUAUGUGCGUAUUAUCCAAACAGGUCUACUACAAGAAUACUAUAUAACUGUAUUGCCCCUCUCCUCAACUUCCGAGAGUUCUUAGAAUGAGAAUAUAAUCUCAAUUCUUUCUUUGUGAUUUAGUAUUUUAAUAGAAUCUUUCUUUGUUGAGUUUUUAGAGGGUGAGAUGAGGAAGCUGAUUUUUCUUACCAAAGGAAGGGAAAAAAAAGAGAAAAACUUAAUUCAAGCCGAGCUCUUCCUUUGGAGUCUCUGUCUCUUCUUCACUGGGUUGCUUCCCAGGUGACUGUGGUUUCUUUCUUUUCAGAAUGGAUGGGUCUAGGGAGAACAGGAUGCUUCUGGGUCCUCAUCAAGUCUCUGGCCAUUAAGAUUGGAAAGAUCAGAAGAAUGACACAGGGUUGUAUGUGUAAUUAUCAGACUCAUGUCAGACAUAUUUCUCUUUUAUAUAUAAUUUGUCAUGUUGGCCUUUGCUAAUCUUUCUGACCACAACUUAUUUCUUAUUUAAAAUAUGAAAAAACGAUCAACAAGGUGAAGCUUAUCAGAUCUCCCCCCUCCCCAAUACAGCUUGUUUAUUGAGAAUGUAUGUUAUUGUAGGUCAAAAGUAUAGUUUUACUUUCUCUCAUACACUCUAUAAAUUCAUUAUGCACAUCCUAUUGGCUGCACAGGGAAAUGAUCUCUACAGGGCGGUUUGAAAUGAAGCUGUUAUAAGAAAAAUUCUUGGUAAUGCGAUCCUGCAUUAAUUGUUUACCAUAUGGGCAAAAGAACCUGAGCAUAAAGUGUGGGCAUUCAGCUUCCCAGAUUUUUGUGGUCUAAAAUUUAACAAGCUGGGGUCAUUGAUUCAACUCCAGUUGGUUCCUAUGCUCAGUGGUGUUCUGGUAAAUAUUUAACACUGACUCUGCCAGCUCCAUUGCUGCCACUGUGUGGUGCUGCUAGCCACCAGACAGCUGAUCGGUGCACUAGGUGUGGUGGCUCAGGUCUUCUCUUCUUUCAUCUGGCUUGCAAAAUUCCAAAAAAAUUAAGAAUUGGUGCUUGCAAGUACAAACCAGUUCCAGCACUCCACUGAUUUAUGCUGAUCUUUAGUUAUAAAACAGAUAGAAAUACUUUUGAGUAUAUACAAAGUAUAUUUCUUAGUGCCACAAGUAUAUAAACAUGAUUUCCAUACAUCAGAAAAUAAAAGGCAAAAAUUCUAGCUCAAAGGAUACUGUUUACAGAUGCUUGAGUGUAGAAUAUCUUAAUAUAAAGGUUUAUUUUAUUACAAGUGAAACAAAACAGAAAAGCUACCAAAUUCCAUAACAUGUUUUAUUGCCAUCUUUUUUCCCACAGAAAUGCUUGUAUCUCAUUUGUUAGAUUGGUUUUUCAGUGCCUAAUGUUUAAAGAUGUUUUGGAUUAUAACUUCCAGUUUUUUAUCUAACGUGGCCAGAACAUGGUCCAACAUGGAGAGGAACAAGAUGAAGGAGACUGAACUAUUUCAGCUGUACACAAACUAUUUUAUUCCAACAUAUUGUUAUCCAGAAAAAUAAACAAAAAAUUAAUGAACCAAGACAUUAAGCUAAAUAAAAAAAAAGUGCAGUAUUAUAAGUAUAUUUUCACAAAUGAGUUUAUUGGGAUUUACUGCUAGGUAAAAAAUGUACUGUAUUUAGAAAUAGAUAUGGUAAAUGUAACUCAAUACUUAAUGAUCAAAUUAAUAAGAAUGAAAUAGUGAAAUACAUAAAUAUAGAUUGAAAAUGAAAAUAUGCAGAUGUUGAAAUAUCCAUAAAUACAUACUGCAACUCCUUACAUAAUAAUUAAACACUAAUAGAAAGCCAGCAGAGUUUUCUAGUUUGAAUUUUCCUCAUUCACUGGAAAUAUACUGUAUACAUCAAAAUUCAGAAAUUGCAUUUCCAUAAGACAAUAUGUUUAACCUGAAAAUCUAAAAAGCUUCACCUGGUCAAAUGACAGUGUGGGUAGAGAGAUUACUACUGUGUGUUAGGAUGUGAGGCAUCAUUCUGUUUCCUAAAAAUCUUUAUCAAAUGAAGGAAACAGACAGAGCAAACGUGGAAUAAAAGAUAUUGCAUUAUCCAGGGUUUUUUUUUACUCCCAAUUAUUGGCCCUGACAAAUUUGGUAAAUUAAAAGACAUUUCAAAUGUUUUUUUUUCUCAUCAGAUGCAGAGAAACUGAGAUAAGAAAAUCCCCAUAGUAGAUUUUCCUCCAUCCAUUUUUGGCCAGAAAGUCAGUCUUAUUUGUCAGUAUAUCAAUUUUUCAUUCACUUUUUAAGUACUUUUUAUGGCCCCCUGACAAUCCUCAGAUCAUGCCGCUGCAAUUGGGCAGUAAAUUGAGCAACAGUGGACAUAUAAUUUCCUGCCAGUUUUCUACUGAAAAAAAGAAAAAAGAAAUAAUGCAUAAAGAAUUGCAUGGUCUUCAGUCAUUAAUUGAUAAUUUGAAAAAGAAUCCUUGCUCCUGUUCUCACAAUGUACAAAACAUUUCCCCAGAAUUUUAGAUUGAGCCACUGUGACUCUGGGUUGCUGGAAAAAAAAUGUGUGGCUUCAUCCCUGAUUUUUUUAAUAUAAAGAUCAUAUAUUCUUAAUACUUCAUAUUUUAAUAGCAAUAAAGGGAAGUUCAUGAAAAGAAUAUGUGGGUCUGUUUUCCAAUCCUCUCCUCUGCUAUUUCUACUGACACAUAGGAUCAAAAUCACCCCACUGCUUUGGGGAAAAAUAACACAAUUUUUUUCUACCUUUAAACACUAUUUUCUUAGAUUUUUCUUCUAAGAUGCCUUAGAAGUAUUUAUAUCCUAAGCAGAAGGAGAAAGCGUAUUUUAAAUACCAUCAAAACAUUGCUAAGAGCCAAGAUACACUUCCUGGUUUGCUGCUGAGAUGGCAAAAAUGGAUGUUGCUUACCAUCUGUUUGGCCAUAAGAUAUGUUUGAUAUACCUCAUCAGGUUUAGAAGACCACAAAUUAUGCAGGUCUGCCAUCUACGUAUCUAAAGGCAAUUCCAUAUUAUCACUGUUUCUAUUCCGCAGCUUGCUGCUCAAAGCCAAUACUUUCCUCAUCACUCACUUCUACUAUUCUCUACUAAUAUUAUUAGUAGAGAUUAGUAGAGAUUUCAGGAGACAAUUCGUGCUCUUUCAGUUGACCAGAUGAGAUGACAAUUAUCAUCUCCUUCCAUUGGUGACAUCCACCACCCCUCCUACACUUUAGCUGAGCUACUACCAGUCCCAGAGUAAUCAAAAUCCACUCCAUGCAACAGGAAUAUAAAAUAAACGGUUGGUUUUCCUUCCUCAUGCUUUCAGUUCAUAUUGCGUGUGUUUGUCUUGCCAUUUGGAAAUAGGAAAAAAAAAAGAUAAUUUGCUGCAGAAAGGCCUUCUGUUUGCAAAAUUGGCUUUCCUCAUUUCCAAAGUCACCCAGCUGGCUUCAUAUCUAAGCCAGAACUAGAACUCACAAUCUCCUAGUUUCUAGCCUGGUGACUUAACCAUUACACCAAAUACCAGUAAAAUAAUACCAGUAAAAUAAGCAUGGGAGAGUUAACCAUAAUUCAAAACAAGCCCAGUUGUGCAUAGUUAAACUAAUCCCAUCCUUGUCAAUGGCUGAAUAAAUAAGCUCCAGUACAGAAUUCACUAUUGUAUCACAGUGGCAAUAUCAAACACACUUUCAAAAUCUUGAUUGUCUACAAUGCCCAAGCCAUACUUACUCCUACCAGUCUCUUCAAUGUAUAAGGGCCAGGUGAUUUUAUGAAGUCUUGUGGAUACUAGCCAGGAAAAAGAGUUAAUGGGGUGCCAGAUCCCGUCUGGAGAAAUGGAAAUGGGGACCUGUACUCUUCAAAUUGUAUUAUUUGAAUUACUCGGAGCCACAAUCAUAAUAAGGAUAUUUGAUUUGGGUCAUCAACUUAGCUGAUACAUUAAUUGUCUUGUAAAAAAUAUGAUAAAUCUAUUAAGAUCAGUCUUUUAAAAUUAUUUGACUGAACUACUGAUUUCUCUUUUACACAAAGCACCUGACAGAAGUCAUUUGAGAUAUGUGUCAUAUACCCAACAUACCACUGUCACUAACUAGUUGGCUGUCCAUCAAACUGUUUGACCUAAUAUUGCUGGAUCUUUCUUGAUUGUUGGACUAGUGAAACCAAGCAAAUUACUAAAUGGGCACUGGCCAAAUCAUACAAAUUUACUAGUAUAAAUUCUAGGCCAAUAUAAUGCAUGUGAGUACCAAAUAUGGAAAUUUAUAGCAUGAAAAAGAGAAUACCCAAGAAUAAAAUAUCAUCUCUUAUCCAGAUUCUAUGAUAUAGAAAUUAAAUUGCAUAAAUUUAUAAAAAUUGACUGAAUUAUAAUUUUAUAAUUAAAAUGAUAAAUCAGAUUUCAUGGAGAGAAAACGAGGGAGAGGGAGAGGGAGAGAUCUCAUAAUGGAUCAGGAUUGGCAUCAUCGUGAAUAGGGGGGCAUGCCUGUCCUUUUUAUUUCUGCUUCUCCACCAUGGGAAGGUGAAAAGCAAAAUGGCUAUACAAUCAGAAUGUCUAGAGAUGUCCCAUUUUUGUAACUCUAUAGGGAAGGCAGUUAAUCCUUCAUAAAUUAUUUGCAUUGUGCCCAAAAGAAUUAUUUUAGCCCCAAUCCAAACAAACCUGAGGCUUUUUAGGGCUUAAUCAACCCCUUACUGUCCCAUCACAUUAAUUAGCUAGCUCCAUUUUCCUAUUGGCACCACAUUCAUCUGCCUCCCCCCCACUCAUGACCUAAUUAAGUAUGUAACAUGAACAGGACCUGUGUGAAAUAUUCCCCAUGAAAAACUGCUAUAUUACCAAAUAGUCUAUGAAUAGCAGUUUUUUCUAUAUUAAGGGCAUUUGGCAUUAAUGAGAUAUUGUUUUUUAAUAAUUAGCUAGAUGUAAAAUUAAAGACAGAAGACAUUUAUUAAUGUCCAUAUUAUUGGUCAAUUCUAUUGAAGAUACUUUUAAAAUGUUUACUCUGACAAAUUCUAGUCAGUAAAGUUUUCUUGUAGCAUAUAUUAGAACCUACUUGCUUUUUCUUGAACAUAAUCCAUCACUGAUGAAUCACUCUUUAAUUGGGCAGUUUCUAUUCUGCAGCAAGUAUAUUUAAAUUACUGCAUUCUUCUCAUAAUAUUUUAAAAUGUUAUUUCUCUCUUAUUGUGAAAAGUGCUAUUUUGCUAUAUUAAAAAAAUGAGAGAAAAUAAGUAGAGAGCCCAUUCAAUUUUGAUGGGGAAUAUAACUGCUUGUAGCAUCACCAAGAGACAUUUUAUUAAUAAUGGAGUUGUUGCUAAAUAAACCACAUGGACAGAUCCCUUGCCUUUACUUAAUUUAAUUGUAUAAUAAGCAGAGAAAUUAAGUCAGAGAAGAAAAUCUGUAAUUAAAACAAAAUACACCUUAAAAAUCUCUGUUAUAAUUUUCCUUUUGCACAUGUUCUCUAGCUGUGCUUUAAGUGAGAUUGCCCCAAAUGGGUUUGGAAACAGCUUGGAGGACAAUACAGACAGCUUUAAAGUGCAACAGUUUGACCAGAAUGUCAUUUUUAAAAUUAAAAAUAAAUAUAUUUGCAAGUCCUACUGAAGUACAGUAGUCAAUCUCAUGCUUAGUAGCUCAUUUAUAGUUCAAUAUAUCAAAGGAUCUUUGAAAAUUGGGUUGAAUAAAACUAUGAUUCAGUUAACAUGUGUUGUUAUUGUUGUACAUACAACUUAUGAGUAAAUAGAGUAUACAUUGA